AUGGCGAUCCCACUUUCUCAAGUUCACUCUGUUGUGGACUGUGCCUCUUUCAACCGCACCGUGCUGCCCUUCCUGUCACAGUUGACAACGCUUCCUGCGCAGCUGCAAGUGGCCGCCGCAACGAAAGAUGUGGACGCUCUGAAGGAUAUUUAUCUUUCGACAAACCCUUUUAUCUCGGCGCUCGGGUUCACUUUGGUUUUGUGGGUGCUCUUCGUCGUGGCAGCGGAAUUCAACCGCAACUAUUCGCAGGUUGAUCGGUUUUGGAGUAUCCUGCCGUCUGUGUAUAAUGUGCACUUUGUCGCUUGGGCGCGCAUGUGGGGCAUUAAGAAUCAGAGCUUGGAUACCAUCGCACUCAUCACUUUGCUCUGGAGUAUCCGAUUGACGUUCAACUACUGGCGCAAGGGAGGUUAUCAGAUCGGUUCUGAGGACUACCGCUGGGAGAUCGUGAAGUCUCGGCUUAACAACCGGUUCCUCCUCUUCCUGCUCAACGUCACCUUUGUCAGCUUCAUUCAGCCGAUGCUGCUUCUCCUCGUGACGGCGCCUACCUACAACUUCAUUCUCCUCUCGCGCCUCCCUGGAGUUGAACCGUUCGGUCUCCCCGACCUUAUCUUCUCGCGCCUUGCAUUCUUCUUCCUCAUCAUCGAAUACUUCGCCGACCAGCAGCAAUGGAACUUCCAAAGCGCAAAGAAGGAGUACCAGAAGACAGCUCGCAUCCCCGACCAGUACAAGGGCCAAUUCACUCCCGAGGACCUGGAGCGCGGCUUCGUCGUUAGCGGCCUCUGGUCACUGUCCCGUCACCCGAAUUUUGUCGCCGAGCAAGCCAUCUGGCUCACUCUGUACCUGUGGAACUGCUACCGCACCGACAGCUACAUCCAGUGGACUGGACUGGGCGUUUUGGGCUACAUGCUCAUUUUCCAGUCAAGCACCCGGCUCACCGAGUCGAUCAGUGCAGGCAAGUACCCUGAGUACAGCGAGUAUCAGGCGCGUGUGGGACGCUUCAUUCCUCGCUUUUCUGUCAAGCCCAAAUACAAUGGCAGCAAGAAGAAGACCCCUCGGUCCAAGACUGAGUCGGCAGGCACUGCGACGCAGGAGGGCAAGAAAAGUCAGUGA